AUGAACACACGACUCUCUGCUUCCAACUUCUUGCUCUUCAGAUGGCAUAACAUAAGCCAUCAAAGACUACCACAUGGCCCGGUUUCUGAGAAAGAAAUAUCACUGGUUUGCCUCCUAAGCCCAAGUUAUAGAUCCGUUGCCUACUUCGUCAACUGGGGAAUUUAUGGCCGCAAGUUUAAUCCUCAAGACCUUCCUGUUGAGAGGCUUACUCAUGUCCUCUAUGCAUUUGCCAAUGUGCGGAAUGAAACCGGAGAGGUGUAUCUUUCUGAUACCUAUGCAGACUUGGAGAAGCAUUACCCCGGCGAUUCCUGGUCUGAAGCAGGUAACAAUGUCUACGGAUGCGUGAAACAACUAUAUUUGUUGAAGAAAAGAAACCGGAACCUUAAAGUGCUUCUAUCCAUUGGGGGAUGGACAUAUUCUCAAAAUUUUGCUUCACCAGCCGCCACAGAUCCAGGGCGGAAAACAUUCGUUCAGAGCUCCGUGAAGCUGCUCCAGGACCUGGGGCUGGACGGGCUAGAUAUCGAUUGGGAAGCAAGUUACAGCAGUCUCUCCUCUCCGCGUUACUAUCCUGAAAAUGAUAGAGAGGCGAGUGAUUUUGCUCUCCUUUUACGAGAGCUAAGGGCCGCUCUUGACAAUUAUGGCGCCAAUCAUGCUGCUGGGAAAAGGUUCCUUCUUACAGUGGCAUCCCCGGCCGAUCCGCAAAAGAUCAGUACUUUUCAUCUUAAAGACAUGGACCCCUAUUUGGACUUCUGGAAUCUCAUGGCUUACGAUUACGCAGGAGGUACAUUUUCGGAGUACACUGGACAUCAGGCAAACCUAUUCAAGAGCAGCUCUAACCAGCAGUCCACGCCAUUCAAUACGGAAGAGGCUCUCGAGAAUUAUCUUAAUCGCGGAGUUAUACCAAGCAAGAUUGUUCUGGGUAUGCCUCUUUAUGGUCGGGCAUUCACAAAUACAACGGGCCCUGGUAAACCAUUUUCCGGCAUAGGUGAAGGCAGCUGGGAAGACGGCGUCUGGGACUACAAGGCUCUGCCGCGGCCGGGAGCCGAAGAACACACAGACGACAGCAUAAUUGCAAGCUACAGUUACGACUCAGAGCGGACCUUUAUCAGCUACGAUAGUCCUCUGGUUGCAGAGUGUAAAGCAGAAUACAUUAGGCUCAAAGGGCUAGGAGGUGGUAUGUGGUGGGAGAGUAGUGCGGAUAAGCCAGGAGAAGAUAGUCUGAUAACGACAGUCGUUGAAGCACUCGGAGGCGUGGGUGCGUUGGAGCAAAAACAGAAUCAGCUGGACUACCCUCUUUCCCGAUACGACAAUAUACGGAGUAGGAUGCAAGAAUAG